AAUUUCGCUGAACGUUCUAUUAAAAAUUAUAUAUAUUUAAAUCGAUUUUUUUAGAAUCGAUACAUCGAAUUAAAUACAUUUCAUCUUGAUAUUUACUGUAAUACUAAAAUAAGAUUCACUGUACGUAUAUAUGGACUAUCAGUGUUGCCAAGUUUAAUAUAAUGCCAUAAUUUAUAUCUAAAGUUGUCUGUAAUGUAUAAUAUUAUAUGGUAUUCGUAUUCGUAUUACGUGUCUUCCAAUGAUAUGAUUUAAUACAAUUAUAUGUAUUAUUAUAAAAAUGGAUAUUAAUUUGUUACGUAUCUAUGUAUCAUAUCAGUUUUACGUAUCAUGUGGAUGAACAUACAUAUCAGAAUUUGAUACGAAGAUACGUAACGGGACCAAUCGGCCAUUUCACUGUUCCGUUGCUCAUUUAUUUCUGUUGUAAACAGAAAUAACGCAUUGAAGUGUUUGGAUUGUUAAUAUCUUUGUCAUAAAGAAAUUAUUUCUAUCGAAUAUUUUUUCGAAUUUAUAAAAAUUUCAAAUAAUAAUAAUAAUAAUAAUAAUGAUGAAUAAAGAAGAAACCCUUGUGUUCAUAAAAUUAUAUCGUAAAAAGAAUAUUCUUUGGGACCCGAAACAUCCAAAUCAUUAUAACAAGAAGGAAAAAGAAAAUGCAUGGAAAGAAAUUUCAAAAGAAAGUAAAAAAUCUGUAGAUGAAUGCAAGAAAAAGAUGGAAUAUCUUUUGGCAGCUCUUAGAAGGGAGAAAAUGAAAAUAAAUAAAUCUAUUGGAUAUAAAAGUUCUUGGUUUGCUUUUGAUAGUAUGAAAUUUAUAUUGGAAAAAAGCAAAUAUAUUCAACCAUCUAAUUUGGCCCAAAGUGAUCAAGAAUUUAAUAAACCAGGAACACUAAAACGUGAAAAAUUCUCGUCUUCAAAAUCACAGAACAAGGGUACCAAUUCCGGCCAUUGCUCUCAAAAAAUCGCAAUAAAAAGAAAAAAGUUACAAUCGUGCGUUCAGCAACAAUGUUGCGUCAGAGAUCGUGAAUUAUCAACAACCACAAAUAACGUGGUUGAUGAUGAAUGUUACUAUUUUGGAAAUUUGGUGGCUUCGAAAUUGCAUAUUUACAAUAAUCACGUACGUUGUUUCAUUCAAAAUGAUAUUUUGAAUAUUUUUCUCAAAGCCAACAAAGGUUAUUAUAAUAAUCUUAACUCUUCCCCUAAUCGUAUACUAGAAGAGACAGUUAUUGUCAAUCCAAGUUACCCAUCUGCUCAUUCUCCUGCAGCUUCCAUAUCAUCUCAUAAUUCUUAAUUAUUUCAAUACAAAUUAAGUUAUUUAAAUUAUCUAAACAAUUGUUGAUAAAACAUUUUUGAUAAAAUAAAAAUAUGUUAAAUUCAUAACUAU